UCUUCCUGAAAAAGUUCCCCUUAAAUCCGGACGCUAUGAACUAUAAAACAAAAUUACCCUAUUCAAAUUCAUAAUGAUCUUGCACAGAUUAAUUAAGUUUGUGCUAUUUGCCGGCACCUUUUACUUGGGCAAGGAACUGGGUGGCUGGGACGAUCCAGUCGAACCGGAAAUCGGUAAACUCAAGCUAGAAACAGAAGAUUCUGUUGAGACAGAAAGUUCUUCGGGUGGCCAAUCAGUAGAAAAGAAGGUCCCCAAUUUCCAGAACACUUUCUUCGAUGACGAGGACAAACGUAAACUUAAACGCAAGAAGGAGGAUUUGGAGAAAAAGUUUUGUCCCAGAGGGAGCAUCUGCGAGCCACCUCCAAAGCCUCUGAGCGAAAGCGUUGGCGAUGCUCUUUACGACACCUGGCUGGCCCUUAAAAAGAUUCCAUCCUACUGGAGCAGCGCAUUCGAAUCCAUGGCAACUAGCAUUUGUCGUCUUAUUAAGGGGGAUAGAUAACAGAAAGUUCAUAUGGACCAUUUAAAAGACUUUUGGCUAACAAAACUUAGCAAGCUUUCCUUUUAACAUUAAAAAACAAGUAUUUCAAUUUAACAACCGAUAUGCAAUAGAUACAUUUGUUUUCACACAACCCAAAUUAAAA